CCCUGCAGAUUAAUCCACUAAUUUAAUUGCUGAUGUAACACUGGACGAAAUCCUUGCUUUACUGAAAGCUACCCCCCACCAAUUCAGGCCGCGGCAUAUAUGGUUUGCCAUACCCAUUGUGGGCUCGGCUUUUCUCUCAUACGACCAUCAAAACAAUUGCAGUUCAGGUUUAUAACGACUCUAUACGUAGUGCUUUCCUUUCCUCCUGGCUGGAAACCAUACUCGUUCUCCUCCCCAAGGCAGGUGACACGACCUCCUUCCACAACUAACAAUAAAUCUCUUUGAUAAAAUGUGACGCCAAGUUGCUCACCAAAAUGCUUACUUUCCAUUUAUGCUAUGGUAUUGGCCCACUUAGUAUACCUUUUCAAACUGGAUUUAUGGCGGAGAAUUUGAUCGCAGACAAUGACUUGCUAACACGACUCGCUAUGUCGCAUACCCAACUAACCAAUGACUUUUGUGUUGACCCUUCUUUUGGAUCAGGAGAAGGCUUAUGACCGUGUCUACCCUGGCUACCUUUGUCUGGUCAUGGCCAGGACCAGAUUUACCACCAUGCUCGUCGACUCUGGACUACGUCAGGGUGAUCCCCUUUCUCCAUUACUUGUUAACUCGGCCUUCAAACCUUUGCUUAGAUCCAUUCUUGCUUCUCUAUCAAUCCGUAAUUUCCAGUUUCUGAUUCCGCCCUCUCUCUCAUCGUCCUGUCCCUCUCUCUCACUAUCUCUACUCAGAUUUCUCGCCUAUUCCGAUUUCUAUCCGGAUUGGGGCACUGUACUAGAUGUUGCUGAUAUCCACAGUCUCCAUGACCGCCACUCCACCACUAAAAUCAGUUACCUAGGCUUUUCAUUGGGCUCAUAUAUCUCCCAGAUUGAAGCUUUCGGUGCUGCUUUACUGGUCCAGCUUGGUGACCGUUGCACGCUACUAUCUCAAAGAUGCUUGUCCAUACGUGGUAAAGGUAUUGUGACGAACUCACUUUUUCUCAGCUCGGUAUUUCAUGUACUAUAUGCGACUCCUGCCCCACUAUCUUUCUUUGGUGCCAUUCGCACCAAUAUUUGCUCGUUGCUGCGCCUGGGUUUUGGUAGCUCGGGUUGGCCGUUUCUCUGUCUGCCACGCAAAUAUGGGGGUUUGGAUCUGCUUGACUUCGAUUAUCAACAAAGAGCUCUUCGAUUAUGA